AUGGCGUCCGCCACCACCUCUUCAGACGUCCGCGGCGCGGCCAAGGACACCACGACCCGCCGCAAAGUCGCCAAAGAGGAGUCGUCUUCGGGAUGGAGUACCAAGAGCAUUGAGGAGCCCUACGGAGUCUUGAUAUGCGUCCGUUGCCAUGACUUCCGCCAACGAGAUCUUCAGCUAGGCCUCGGCCUCUACUUCCUCAUUCCUUGCCAUCUCCUUAUCGCCUACCUCAUCGAAUCCGUUGCGGCGAGCCAAGCGAUUGGCCUGAAGCGGCAAGGCAAGGGUCGAAAGGAUGGCCCUUCCGCCGAAGAAGCUGCCAAGUUUCGCAAGACGUGGAUUACUGUCGCCUGGCUCCAUUCCAUCAACGUAGUCUCCAUCUUGGCCUACACCUCAUGGGUUGUGUACUAUCACAUCCACCACCCUCUCAUCGGAACCGCUACCGAACUCCACGCCAUCAUUGUCCUGCUCAAGACGUACUCGUAUGCUCUCACCAACCGCGACCUCCGCCACGCCUACCUCCACCCACGGGCCGACGGCCUUGCCUCCAUCCCCGAGCUCUACGCGCAAUGUCCCUAUCCCAACAACAUCACCAUGAGCAACCUCGUCUACUUUUGGUGGGCCCCCACCCUCGUCUACCAACCCGUGUAUCCGCGGACGGACCGGAUCCGUUGGGUCUUUGUCGCCAAGCGCGUCGGCGAAGCUUUCGGCCUCGGCGUCUUCAUCUGGUUCACCAGCGCGCAGUACGCCACCCCGCUCCUGCUCAACUCCCUCGUCAAGAUCCACACCCUCGAGUACACGGCCAUUCUAGAGCGCCUCCUCAAACUCUCCACCGUUUCCCUUGUUAUCUGGCUCGCGGGCUUCUUCGCCUUUUUCCAGUCCACCCUCAACGCCCUCGCUGAGAUCACCCGCUUCGGCGAUCGGUCCUUUUACGACGACUGGUGGAACAGCGAGAACCUCGGCGCUUACUGGCGCACUUGGAACAAGCCCGUCAUGAUGGUCUUUUUCCUAUCCGCUGUUCUCCAUGAAAUCCUCGUUGGUAUCCCCACGCACAACAUCAUUGGCGUGGCUUUUCUCGGCAUGUUUCUCCAGCUGCCUCUCAUCGCGCUCACAACGCCUCUCGGCAAGUCCAAAACCGCGACGAGCAAGCUUAUCGGAAACUCUAUCUUCUGGAUAUCCUUCACGAUCUUCGGCCAGCCCUUCGCGGCACUCAUGUACUUUUACGCGUGGCAGGCCAAAUAUGGCUCCGUGAGCAGACAGGCUAUUCCGGCCGCUUCCUCGUAG